AUGGACCAGAGUCCCAGAACACCAGGGUUCCAAAUGCUGAAGAACCCUAUACCUCCACAGCAAGCCCCAGGAGCCCCAGGCCUCCAGAGUCUCCGAGCCCCAGAAUCUAAAGAACUCCUGGAGCCCCAGAACCUCAGAGCCCCAAAGGCCAGGGGCCUCAAGGCCUCAGAGCCCCAGAGCCCAAGGAGCCCUAGAUCCUUAGGAGACCCAGGGGCACAGGUUUCUCAGGGACCCAGAGCUCCCGAGCCCCAGGAGUCCCAGAUCCCCAGAGUCCAGAGCCACAGAGCACCUCAGCGCCUCAAGAACCGCGGAGUGAAGAGCCUCAGAAUCCAGAGCCCCAGAAUCCCAGCAAACCCAAAGCCCCAUACCCCCAGAUCCCCAGAGCUCGAGGAGCACUGGAGUCCCAAGAACCCCCAUAGCUCCAGAGACCAAAGGUCCCAGACCCACAUGAGCUCCAGGGCCUCAGAUGCCCCAAGGCCACCAAAUCCCAGCGCUCUAGAGUCCCAAAGCCUGCUAGCCCCAGGAACCCCGGAGCACCAGGAGUCCCCAGGCCCCACACCCCCAGAGUCUCAGAGCUCCAGGAGGCCCGGAGCCCCAGACGCCCCAGAGCCCCAGAACCCCCGGAGAAGCCGCACCAGCCACAAGGUCAAAGAGCCCCAAAGACCUAAAAGGCCCACGAUCCCAAAACCCCAGAGCUCCAGGAGCUCCAAAGCCCCAGGAGCCCCGAGUCCUAAAAGCCUCCGAGGCACAGAGCCCUACGAGUCCCAAAGCCGCAAAUCCCCAGAGUCCUAG